AUGUCUCUCGUCAACCUUGCCUCCGUGUGCGCACACUUGAACAAUGCAACCAAGGCUCGCCUCGGCCUCACCUCCAUUCCAAACAGCAACCUCCACUUGAAGCUUUGCCAAGCACUGCAGAAUUCGGGCUACAUCUCCUCUGUUGUCCGCGGAGGCCCAACCCCCCCACCCGCACACCCUAUUCUUGGCCACCCAUCAGCCAACGAUGAGAUUGAAGGUGUUGAGCCAAUCACACGGGACAAUGUUGCUUCACGACGUCUGUGGAUCGGUCUGAAGUACUGGCGCAAUGAGCCGGUUCUAGGCAAGAUGCAGCUGGUUAGUAAACCAAGACGACGAGUUCACAUCGAUGUUGAGGGCUUGCGACGGGUUGUCCGUGGAGAGGAAGCCAGUUACGUUGGUGGGCUGCGCUCGCCUGGUGAGAGUCUAUACCUCUCGACAGACCAAGGAAUCCUGGAGGCACGCGAAUGUGUGGAGAGAAAAAAAUCGGGGGCUUGGUUCUGUGUCGUGUACAAUAAGCCUAAUACUGUUUCUCACAACAAAGAAAUAUGCCUUUGGUGGGUGGAAGAACGGAUACCAGGGCUCCCUUUUUGCAUCUAUCUGGAGUUUGUUGGUUAG